UUCGACUAUAUGAAGAUGAUCAUCGCAGAACCGUUUAUUUGGCUUUCGCCGUUCAAUCUCCGAAGUUGUUCACCGAAUAGUGAAUGCGCAACGCAGAUCGCCCAUUCGCCCCUUCCACAUUUCCAGAUCUCUCCUCCCAAUUUAGCGUUUUCUUGCUUCGAUCUCUAUACGCUCUCUCGGAUUCUUGGAUUUCUGGUCGCACGGGACACGGGAUCUGACGCGCAUUCACCUAUUCCAUUUCCUCGCUUGGGUCUGCCCUUUGGUCGCCGCUCGCUUCCUGAAGAUGUCGGACGAUCCGGUCCCGUCGAGGUACGUGAAGCUCAAUAAGGAUCAGGACGCGCCGUUGGAGGAGAUCCGCCCUGGAGAGCUCAACCAGCCCGUUCGUGUUCCACAGUUGGAGGUUCAACGAUGUGUCGAGUGCGGACAAGCCCUUCCUGAAAACUACAACCCACCUGCUGAUGAGGCGUGGACGACUGGGAUCUGUGGUUGUGCUGAGGAUCCGGAGAGCUGUUGGACUGGACUUUUCUGCCCUUGUGUCUUAUUUGGGCGCAAUGUUGAGAGGCUUAGGGAAGAUGUUCCAUGGACAAAUCCUUGUAUUUGCCAUGCUCUGUGUGUUGAGGGUGGUAUUGCUCUGGCUGCUGCUACUGCAAUUUUCCAUGGUAUUGAUCCAGAAACAUCAUUUUUGAUUGGCGAAGGAUUGGUCUUUGCAUGGUGGAUCUGUGGUACCUAUACUGGUAUAGUGAGGAAAUCACUUCAACAGAAAUACCACCUCAAGAACUCUCCGUGUGACCCUUGCGCUGUCCAUUGUUGCAUGCAUUGGUGUGCCAUCUGUCAGGAGCACCGGGAAAUGAAGAGUCACUUGUCCGAGAACCUUGCUGUGCCAAUGACCACUGUUAACCCACCACCCGUGCAGGAAAUGAGCAAUCGUAGCUCGGCAAUCUCCGAGACUGGCCCUCAGCAGAACCAGCAUGAAGAAUUUGAAACACAGGAGUUAUAGUUUCAGAAUGGCCUCCAACGCAAAUAUCAUGUCCUUCCUUUCAAUAGCUCAGGAAAAAAGAUGGAAGUUUGUAAUGUAACGGCAGGUUUGUGCCACUUGAUUGCUUCAAAAAUUGAGCCCAUUUAAACAUGGCAUAACUUUUCUGUGGAGGAGAUAAAUUUUAGCUCUCUUGUUAAA